UUUGCCUCGUCGUCUGGGAAACCGCGGACGUCGGGCUGCGCAGCGGUGGGGGGAGCCAAGAUGGCUGAGGAGAGACUCGCGACGAGAACUCAAUUUCCUGCAUCUGCUGAACUUCAAAAGCCCCGGCUGAAAAAAGCUCCAGAUUUUCCUAUUUUGGAGAAGCAGAACUGGUUGAUACAUCUCCACUAUAUCCGGAAGGAUUACGAAGCAUGCAAGGCUGUUAUCAAAGAACAGCUUCAGGAGACUCAGGGGUUAUGUGAAUAUGCUAUCUAUGUCCAAGCAUUGAUAUUUCGCCUGGAAGGAAAUAUCCAAGAAUCCCUAGAACUCUUUCAGACGUGUGCAGUUCUCAGUCCUCAGUGUGCUGAUAACCUCAAGCAGGUGGCCAGAUCUUUAUUUCUUUUAGGAAAACAUAAAGCUGCCAUUGAAGUAUAUAAUGAAGCAGCUAAACUUAACCAGAAAGAUUGGGAGAUCUGCCAUAACCUAGGAGUUUGCUAUAUUUACCUGAAGCAGUUCAACAAGGCACAAGACCAGUUGCACAAUGCCCUACAUCUUAAUAGGCAUGAUCUGACUUACAUAAUGCUGGGUAAGAUCCACUUGCUGGAGGGAGACUUGGACAAAGCCAUCGAAAUCUACGAGAAAGCAGUGGAGUUCUCACCAGAAAAUACAGAGCUUCUUACAACUUUAGGAUUACUCUACUUACAGCUUGGCAUUUACCAGAAGGCAUUUGAACAUCUUGGAAAUGCACUGACUUAUGACCCUACCAACUACAAGGCCAUCUUGGCAACAGGCAGCAUGAUGCAGACCCAUGAGGACUUUGAUGUUGCCCUCACCAAGUACAGAGUUGUAGCUUGUGCUGUUCCAGAAAGUCCUCCUCUCUGGAAUAACAUUGGCAUGUGUUUCUUUGGCAAGAAGAAAUAUGUGGCAGCUAUCAGCUGCCUGAAACGAGCCAACUAUCUGGCACCCUUUGAUUGGAAGAUUCUGUAUAAUUUGGGCCUUGUCCAUUUGACCAUGCAGCAGUAUGCAUCAGCUUUUCAUUUUCUCAGUGCGGCCAUCAACUUCCAGCCAAAGAUGGGGGAGCUCUACAUGCUGUUGGCUGUGGCUCUGACAAAUCUGGAAGAUAAAGAGAAUGCCAAGAGAGCCUACGCAGAAGCAGUCCGCCUGGAUAAGUGUAACCCUUUAGUAAACCUGAACUACGCUGUGCUGCUGUACAACCAGGGUGAGAAGAGGGGUGCCCUGGCCCAGUAUCAGGAGAUGGAGAAGAAGGUCAGCCUCCUGAAGGACAGUAGCUCUCUGGAAUUUGACUCUGAGAUGGUGGAGAUGGCUCAGAAGUUGGGAGCUGCUCUUCAGGUUGGGGAGGCACUUGUCUGGACUAAACCAGUUAAAGAUCCCAAAUCAAAGCAACGGACCAUUUCAACGAGAAAAUCUGCCAGUUUCCAGCAGCCUCUGGGCUCUAAUCAAGCUCUAGGACAGGCAAUGUCUUCAGCAGCUGCAUACAGGAAGCUCCCCUCAGGUGUUGAAGGACCAUCCCAGCUCACAAAGCCACCAUCUCUUCCUCUGGAGCCAGAGCCUGCUGUGGAAGCAAGUCCAACCAAAACAUCAGAACAAAUAAGAGAAAAAUAAGAGUAGGGUGACCCCAGAGUAGGGGUUUCUUGGGUGAAGAUGUGCCGGAUGGGGAAAGGUCACGUGACACAGGCAGAGUAGAGGCCAGUACUGUUCCCUGGCAGGCAC